GAAAAAUCACGUGGCGUCUCGAACCGCGCACUUCCGGGGCGCUGAAAAGCGCUUCCGGGGCGCCAUGGGGCCCGGGGUGGCGCGCGCCCUUUUCCGGGCCUGGGGGGUCGCCGCCCCCCCCCCGCUCCGCAGCCUCCACCGCUCGGCCCCCGCCCGCGCCCCUCCCCCCCUCAUCCCCAUCGUGGUGGAGCAGACGGGCCGUGGCGAACGCGCCUACGACAUUUACUCCCGGCUGCUCCGCGAGCGGAUCGUCUGCGUCAUGGGGCCGAUCGAUGACAGCCUGGCCAGCUUGGUGAUCGCGCAGCUGCUGUUCCUGCAGUCGGAGAGCAACUCCAAACCCAUCCACAUGUACAUCAACAGCCCCGGGGGGGCGGUGACGUCGGGCUUGGCCAUCUACGACACGAUGCAGUACGUGCUGAACCCCGUGUGCACGUGGUGCGUGGGGCAGGCGGCCAGCAUGGCCUCCCUGCUGCUGGCCGCCGGAGCCCCCGGCCAGCGCCACGCGCUGCCCAACGCCCGCCUCAUGGUGCACCAGCCCUCGGGGGGCGCGCGGGGCCAGGCCACCGACAUCGCCAUCCAGGCCGAGGAAAUUCUGCAGCUCAAGCGCCAGAUCAACGGGCUCUACGCCAAACACACGGGGCAGCCCCUGCCCGUCAUCGAGGCGGCCAUGGAGCGGGAUCGCUACCUCAGCCCCGUGGAGGCGCAGGAAUUCGGGCUCCUGGACCGGGUGCUGGUCCACCCGCCCCCCCCGGGGGAGGACGAACCCCGACUGGUGCACAAGGAGCCCCCCCAAACCCCCCCGCCCCCCCCCGCGACCCCCCCGGGGCCAUGAGAACCCCCCCUGCCCCCCCCUCAAUGGCUGGAAUUAAAGGGCUGUGAACCCCAAA